GUUAGGAGGAAGAGGAGGAGGAGGACGAAGAGGGCAAAGUCAUACGUAACGUAGAUUAAUGGAGGAGGCGAGCUGCCGGUUUACGAGUAGCAAACAGCGGAUGGCUCACAGGUUGCUGGUACGUCGAAUGUGGACGCUCUCUGUGAAGGAUAUCCGCUGCCUCCCGACAUCCACCGCUGCCUCCUCUUCUUUUUCCACAUCCCUGCAGUCCGCCACAACCCGGGUCUCCUUCCUCUCCCCAUCACGCACUCUGCCUCGCACUCUUCCUCUCACCUCCCGCAGGGAAGUGUCCUUCAACGUUCAGGACAACGAGGACUUCACAGAGAGGGUCAUCAACAGUGAGCUGCCCGUGCUAGUUGACUUCCAUGCACAGUGGUGUGGUCCCUGUAAGAUCCUCGGGCCGAGGCUGGAGAAGGCCAUUGCGAAACAGAAAGGCCGUGUUGCCAUGGCGAAAGUUGACAUAGAUGAUCACACAGAUCUGGCCAUCGAAUAUGGGGUAUCUGCCGUUCCGACAGUCAUCGCCAUGCGAGGGGGCGACGUCAUCGACCAUUUUGUGGGGAUCAAAGAUGAUGAUGAGCUGGACUCAUUUGUCAGCAAAGUCAUUGGACAAUAAACCACCUGUCUCCGUUCGUACAUGCACCACCGUUCUGCUGCCGUUUUUCUAUGAUUCUGGCACGGCCUGCAGUUCUCGGCCGCCAUUUUGAGCCCGUUUAGCAACCUCCCUUAAAUAUACAAAACCUUGCCGCAAUCCCAGCUGGCAAACUGUCAAACGCUCACACCCAUCCCUAGACACACUGCUUCAGCUGUGCAUUACUGCUUACGUCUCUCUUUCUCCCUCUCUUUUGUCUAGUGAUGGGUGUGUGCCUCCACAAACCUUUUUAUUUCGUGCUGUACUCCACUUUGCAGCAGCUCCAGUCUUUUUAUUAACAAGUGAAUCUGUUCAUACUCGAACUUGCGAAGCUGGUGUGUAACUGUAAAAGUCUGUAGAAUGGAGAUAAACGCUUCAACUGUCUUACAUGAGGGAUGACAGUUUGUAGUUUUAGCGGCAGAAGAGGAUUUAACUUUAAAGCCUGACAAUACUGAAUGAGGUAUGUGACAGUGUUACAUGUAGUUCCUGCUUUUGUCCACAAGAGGGUGGCGUCUCUCUACCAUCGCAGAGCAACACAUGGUCAUUUUACACCAUUAUGCCUAAAUAAUGUGAGAAUGAAAAACACACGUUUCUAUGUCCGUCUGUCUCUCUCUGUGUGAGUGUGUUUCUCUGGGUUUCUGACUUGUAAAGUCAACGGGAAUUGCAAAUAUGAGUUCAAUUUAGUUUAUUACUAAGAGGAACUCUAUGUACCAGAAACAUGACCAAGUGAAGAAAUAAAGGAGUCAAAAGAU